CAAGUUGAAGCAAGUCUUGAAAUUUCGUCUAAGAUUUUUGUUAUUAUAUUUUCAUUGUAACAAUUAAACAACUUGAUCAACAUUUAUUUUAGUACAUAUAGUUCUUUGAUGAAUGCAUUUUGGUCGAACGUUUUUUGGUUAAAUGUAUUGUAAACACUGUUACGUUUUCUCCUUGUUUUUAUCGUGUGUGAUAUUAUGUGACGCGUAAGCCAAGAACUGUAGAAAGAAAACAAUUUUUUACGUGUUGUGUCAUACUAUUUAAUAAGUUUGUGUGAGCAGAAAAACUACAUAAAUGCCUAAAGUCAAAACUAAAAUUAUGAAUUAUAACUGGCUGAGGAACAGAGAAUUAGGACAAAGACCUAAUCUAGGGUUUUCUGAUAAAUUUUCAAAGGGGUUAUAUUCUUCUCUGAAACCAUGUACUUCAUGGGAAUAUGGGGAAGACCCAAAUACCGCCAUGCACGGUGGUGUAUUCAAUUUGGAGUUUUCUCCAGAUGGCUCGCUGCUGGUGGCCGCCUGCGAGAAGAAGAGCAUCCUGAUGUUCGACCCCCUCUGCAGGAAGCUGAUCCACGCCGUGGAGGACGCGCACCGGGACUGCGUCAACUGCGUCAGGUUCCUGGACUCGCGCGUGUUCGCGACGUGCAGCGACGACAGCACCGUGGCGCUGUGGGACGCCCGCAACCUCAAGACCCAGAUCAGGACGCUCCACGGGCACUCCAACUGGGUCAAGAACGUGGAGUUCUCGCCCCGCGACGGCCUGCUGGUGUCGUCGGGGUUCGACGGCAGCAUCUACACCUGGGACAUCAACAGCUACACGGAGAAUGGUUUCGUCUACAAUAAAGUGUUUCAAACCAAUGGUCUGAUGCGAACACGCCUUACCCCAGAUGCAAGCAAAAUGGUUAUUUGUACGACCAGCGGUUACCUAAUUGUCAUCCAUAACUUGGAUCUGAACACAAUGGCUCAAGAUUUAGAUGGUUUCAAGCCCAACAUGUACCGCCUGAUGCAAAUCAGCCAGACGACGAUACCGCUCGCCGCGGAGAGCACGCACCUGUUCUCCCAGGAGCGCAAGACCAACAGGGUGGAGUUCCUGACGGACUUCCCCGCGGGGGACGAGGCGGAGGUGGUCUCCUCGCUGCAGAUCCACCCGCAGGGCUGGUGCGCGCUCAGCCGCAACAUCACCAACGACGAGAGCUCCGAGUGGACCUGCGUGCACGACAUUCAAGAUCGAGAAACACCGGACCCGUUUGAAGUGGAGAGCUCGGAGGGCAAGGCCUGCAAGCCUCCUCCGGAGCAAGUGCUGAGCGAGAGUGGCACCAACGCUUCGAGCGGGCUGGUGUCGGUGCCCAUCCAGACCUUCCACCCGGUGCACUCGGGCUCGGACCAGGCGCUGCGGGGGUUCUCGCCGGUGUCGAGCGGGCCCCACGCCCGCAGGACCCGGCCUCCCCGGGGGGAGGAGGGGGACCGGACCGCGCGGCGGCACGGCGCCGUCGGCGACACCUUCCAGCGCUUCUCCCCGUCCAACGUGGAGCUCCACGUGUCGUCGUCCGACGUGUGGGAGGCCCUGGUCGCGAUCCGGGACGCCCGGGUGCGACGGGAGCGGGAGCGCGAGCAGGAGCGCGAGCGGGAGCGCGAGAGGGAGCGCCGGUUCAACGUGCGGAUACGCUCCAGCCCGGACGCCGAGGAGGCGGAGCACCGGUCCGGCCGGCUGCGGAUCUUCGUGAGGCGGAACUACGCGAUACUGGACGGCUCCCCGGGGGAGGAGGCGGGCGACCGGGGCGUCCCGGCCCCGAGGCCGCCGGCGGGGGGGGGCGAGCGCCCGGGAGCGACGGACGCCCCCCGCACCUUCCUGCUGGUCAGCAGCCACUCCACGGCCGACCCCAACUCACACUUCUCCAUCUACAGGGCGUCGGCGACGCAGCCGCGGCUGCCGCCCGCCCCCGGGAACCCCGCCAUCCACCAGAACGCAAAGAGGCUCACGCACUACGUCGAGGAGCCCAACGUGGGCAAGGGCUUCAUCAAGGAGCUGUGCUUCUCGGCGGACGGGCGCCUGGUGUGCUCGCCCUUCGGCUACGGGGUGCGGCUGCUGGCGUUCUCGCCCGAGUGCGAGGAGCUGUCUGCCUGCGUGCCCGCCGCGCCGCCCGUCAAGCUCCAUGAGCUGGCCGCCAGCGUGUGCCACAAGGACAUCGUGGUGAGCACCAAGUUCUCCCCGCGGCACUGCCUACUGGUGUCGGGCUGCCUGAGCGGCCGCGUCGUGUGGCACCAGCCCGUGCUGUAGUCGCUCCGCAUUCACCACCCGCCCCGCCGCGUUUCCGUCUCUAUACUUACUACCUGUGAUAGCACUUUCUCGGUAUGUUUCUUUUGUUACGGAUGUACCUCACAGUGACAGAUGGGGUUGUGUUUUUCCACGUCAAUAUUUUUCAGUGCCAAGUUUAGACUUUUCAUUUUAAAUUUAGACUUUUUAUUGAUUUCCUCAUUCAUGCACCGUUUGUAAAUAGCAAAAAAAAAAAUACAUUUUUUUUUUCCUCACAGUUCUCUUGUGAGUUGGAUUGUUUGUUCAUUUCUUCCGUUGUGUCAAAUUUUAUGCCAAUCUGUUAUUGCUUUAAAAUUGUAAAUUUUGAAAAAUCAUGAAUCAUUUAUUUACUGAAUCUGCCAAGGAAUACUACUUCCUACAAGAAAGUUCCCACAGUUGUAGAAUUUGAUGUAUCUACUUUAUAUUCAUAUUUGUUUAAAAAAAUUUUAUCGUAAAUUUUGAUUCAAUUUUUGUAUUAUAGUAUUUUAUACUUUGAGGAGACUUAAAAGCUUAAAGUAAGCGUAGAAUGUAAAUUAAUAUAUAUAUAUAUAUAUAUAUAUAUUAAAAUAAAAUAAAUGUUUGGUAAAUAUGAUGCAGUGUUUUUUUUCCCCAUGUCUUGGACGUUUAAGCAAGUAUGCUACUGUUCUAAUAGGUAAUUUGGUAUGUUGGUUACUAAAUUGCAAGUUGCUGCCUUUCAUUUGUGAUUCAGUAAGAAAUUUUCCAAUUACAAGACGUUCUUCCAUAAAUUAUAUUAGUUGAGCAAUUCAUUUAAAUAUAUUUUAACAGCAUGCCGAAUAAUUUUAUCCUAGUGUUGUUUUACAAGAAUUACAAUUUUGGAAUGAGUUCACUGAGUUAUUAAAUUUUUUUUUUACAGAGGUUUUGAUUAAUGACUUAAGGGCACCAUCUGCGCGAGCACACAUUCUGUGUGGAGAGCUUUAGGAAAAACAACGCGACUUGAAAACUGCUCAAGAUAUCCGAGUGAGGUCUGUUUACAAAAAAGCAUUUAAAAUUUAUCUGAGGGCCGAUAAGCAGUUUUGUUUCCGGAUUAAGUUUUUAAACUGUAUUUUUAUAAAGAGUCAAAAUGGCUAAAAGGCAUGUUUUGAGAGUAAUUUUUGAGGCAUAAAACUACUGGUACAGAUUCUUGAAUCACAUAGGGGACUUGCAUCACACAUUUAUCUUUAUUUCUCGGCCAUAUAAUGUUACGGUCACCGCUCAUAUGCACUGGGAGAAGACUGCGCGCCAGUCCAGAGGAGACACCGCGCUAGAAGCACCAGCGAGCGUCGCGUUUAUCAUCCCGCUCCGCUGCCACAGAUACGCCCCUGAUGAGGUGGGCCCCUUAAGGUUUUUAACUCAAAAACACUCAAAGAAGUGAAGACAUGAAGAUUGAGUCUUGUAGCUUUUAUAGAGUUAUCUUCAACUUAAGUAUGCCUUCACAGUUUUUCGAAUAUCUUUUGUGAUACACAUACGACAUACAGUUAUAUUUUUUAUUAUUUAAUAAACAAUUGUUAAUGAUGAUGUACAGCCUAAGACGUAUAUAAUGUUAGUUUUUCAUAGCAUGCUAUUCGGAAAAAAAUAUUGAUUGAAUGAUGCUGUGUUUUUUUAUGUAAGCUACCGGAAUCAAACUACUUAUCAUUCAUUCUAGUACCUAUUUCUAUUGAAUUUAAAAUGAGAUUCAUGACAAUCUCAUUGGCAUUAGUAUUUAUAAAGUCUCUAAGUUUGCGCUGAAGUUUUGUUUGAAUAUUUAUGUUAAUCCAAUGUAUUUUUUCAAUUUUAUAGUUGCAUAGUACAUACUUGAGAUUUGAAGAUGACAUAGAGUUAGACCUUGAAAAGUAAUAUUGAUCAAAUGUGUGACUAUUUAUUCAAACCGAUUAUAAAAUUUUUUGUUUUUACUGUAGUAUGAUUUUUUUUUUUAAAUUCUAGAUGCUGUGUACAAACAAGUUAAUGACAUAAAAAUAUAUAUAGUUGAGAAAAAUAAAUACUGUGCAUGUCAUUC